UAUGCUCUUUGAGAAUAAAUUUACUUGGAAGUUUGAUCUUUUGAACUUUGAUGUCACGGUCACGGGUUUUACCCUGCCCUGGUUGGGCGGGACAUGGACCGCAUCUCCCCUGUAAUUGGAGAGUAGAAAUGAUGGAGCGGUUGCGGAAGAAUCUCAUUGGGUGAAGUCCUGGAACCGGGGAACGAUUUAAAACGAGUCCUGGUAGUGAUUUACACGAACAUACGGGCGAAUGUGUCUUUGCGAUGCGCGUAGCCGGAGGGAUGGAAGCGGGGAGAAUGGGUGAGACCUCACGGGACGCGGAGGCUGAUCCAAAGUUGGGGGCACUGAGACCGCGGGUCGUCCUGCGGAGGCUGAGAGUUUCAGCCCGGGACCACAGGGCAAUGGGGGGAAGAUUGAUCCAAACAACAAGCGGAGAUCAGCCAGAGUCACUCGGCCCACCAGCGUCUGAAUACCACCAGCCCUUGGUUGUGGGAGAUGGCAGCCCCAUUCACAGCAGGGAGAAACCGUUAGCAAGGUCUGAGCGUGCAGCAUCUGGGCCGCCGAGAUCCAAGAGCCACUACCCCAAGGAGAAGCGAUGGAAAUGUGAGGAAUGUGGCAAGGCAUUCUACUACCCGUCCCAUCUGGAAAUCCAUUGGCGCAGUCACACCGGGGAAAGGCCCUUCGCCUGCCCUGUGUGUGGGAAAGCAUAUUCCAAUUCGUCUACCCUGUCCAGACACCGGCAUGUUCACUCCACGGAGUCUGUCUGCUCAGUGUGGGACGGGAUACAUUCAGCUGGACGUGUUACUGGUACAGCGCCUGGUUCAUGCUGCUGAGAAGCUGUUCGACUGCCCCGUGUGUGGGUAAGGAUUCACUAGGUCUGACAAGCUAGAAACAUGCCAGCAAGAGCACACAAAGAAUGGAGCUUCCUUUUCAGUACAGGAAGGGUUCCACUUGGUCAUGGGGAUUAAGAUAUAUUGGCAAAUUCAUACUGGAGGGAGAGUGUUCACUGACUCCAAAUGGGGGGAGAGACUCACUCAGUCAGCCAGUCUGUGGAAUCACCGGUGAGUCCGCAAGUGACUGUAGGAGCUGGAUUCCAGUGUCA